CCUCUCMUUUGAAGCACAAAACGAAAGUAAAGCGCGAUGACUGGACACUGACAGCAGUGCAGCCAGUAAUUAUUCAAACACUUGUGGGGACCAUCUACGCCAACGACUCUAACUAUAACAAUAAAUUAUACAUAACUAUACAACGUUAGAGAGCAUCCACACUAGAGGAACGUGUAUCGUUCUACACCGAUCACUGGUCAACGCGUCCUACUGCACACUAAAAGGCCUAUUAAUAAAGCGAUUCAACAACAUUCUAUCAUAAGAAAUGGAUUCCACAAAUUAUAUCUCCAAACUGUUGGAGUAUACUCAGAGAAAACGGAUCUCUGACAUCAAGUUUGACGAGGUUGGUACAGAUGGACCGGAUCAUCUUAAAACCUUCACUGUGAGGGUGGUGAUUAAGGGCCAAGCCUAUCCUAACGGGGUUGGAAGGAACAAGAAAGUGGCCAGACAGAAUGCUGCUAAACAUGCUCUGGCUGGCAUGAUGGAGACGACAGAGCAGAAGGAUGCUUCUGUUUCAUGUCCUCCGUCACCGGCUCCGUCUCCAGCCCCUCCUGUCCAAGCAGUUAUCCCCCAGCCCAAAUACGUGUGCUGGCUGAAUGAACACAGCCAUAAGUACAAGCUGUCUAUAAAGGCUUUGGAAGAAACACGUGUUGGACCCAACAACACCUCACAAUGCUGUAGGUAUGUGGUAGGUGAGAAAGAAUACCCAGAGUGCUUUGGGAACACGAAGAAGGAYGCUAAGGAGGAAGCAGCAAUGCAGGUUUAUCUGGAGUUAAAUGGCAGUAGUCAGACUACAGGGACUGUAGAUGAAAACUGCAAUAGCACAACUGGAAAACACAAGGAGGAAUUGAAUCCAAAGGUUGUGGUCCUCAGUGAGAAGGUUGAACACAUGACCAUGAGUCCAGAACAGAAUGUACCAGAACAAUACAGCUUCAUUACAACAGAGACCAACUUCAUAGGCAUACUCAACCACUACUGUCAGAAAACCAAACUACCUCUUGACUUUAAACUAGUGGAGAAGAGCGGACCAUCACACAACCCUCAAUUUGUUUAUAAAGUAUUGAUUGACAACAGAGAAUAUCCAGAUGGUUUGGGUAAGACAGCCAAAGAGGCCAAACAACAAGCUGCUCAGURAGCAUGGUCUGCUCUUCAAGAACAGUCUGACUGGAACAGCCAGGUGUCUUGCAGAUCAACAUCCAUCAUAUUCGCAGACUCCGUUAACGUCAGCUCCCCCAAGGACGAAAGCCCUGUAAAUGUGAAGCCUAAAAUAAGAUUAGCACCCAACUUCCUGAUGUCACCGGUCAAGACCAAACAGGAAGGUCCCAAUUUAAAAGGCAACAAUUUAGAAACCUUGUCAAGUGGAAGGACAUCCAACCAACCAGUUAAAUCUAGGUUUUUAUCAGAGUUUGACUCGAUAGAGAAGAUUGGCAAAGGAGGCUUUGGCAACGUUUAUAAGGCGCGACGGGAACUGGAGCAGAAGUAUUUUGCCGUGAAGAUAGUACGGAGCAAAGGGAAAGCUAAGCGGGAGGUUGGUGCCUUAGCAGACCUUCAGCACCCCAACAUAGUACGUUACUACACCGCCUGGCUGCAGGACACCGCCUACCGAUGUGACACCGCCUCUGAGAGCGACACCACUUCAGAUUCAGGUAGCAGUUUGUCCUGUGAGUUCCUGUACAUCCAGAUGGAACUAUGUGACAAGAGGACUCUAAAAGUGUGGAUCGACGAGAGGAACGCUCAUCUGAAACCCAAACGCAGGGAGGAGAGUCUACACAUCACCCAGCAGAUAGUAAACGGAGUAGAAUACAUCCAUUCCAAGAAACUCCUACACAGAGACCUAAAGCCUGCUAACAUCAUGUUUGGUAUGAGUGACGGAGAGGGGAAUGGCGAAGUAAAGAUCGGGGACUUUGGUCUGGUGACGGCAGAAGAUAACGACAACGAUGAAAACCUGCUGGGAGAACGAAAAGGACAGGAAACCAUGUCUUACAUGGCCCCUGAACAGAGGAACAAGACCUCUACGACAAAAAAGGUGGACAUCUUUGCUUUGGGUCUGAUCUACUUUGAACUGCUCUGGAACCUGUCUGGAAUGGAGAAAGCAAAGGUCUGGGAUGAUGUCAGAAGCCAGAAGUUUCCUCAACAGUUCAACYCGCAGUUCACCAUAGAGAACAAGGUGAUAGAGGGGAUGCUGUGUGCCAACCCAGAGGACAGACCAGAUGCCACACAGCUGAAGACCAAACUGAAUGAGUGUUCUAGUGUUCUGACCAGAGAUCGCAACUUCCGUCAAGACAACAGAACAGUCUAAAGACAGUCAGUGGAAUUCAAAAAAGGGUUUCAGAAUAGUAUUCAGUGUGAUGUAAAAUGCACAACUGAUCCUAGAUCUGUUCUCUACUCUGAGAGCUAUGAAAGCAGGCCCUGAACAUCCAKCAKAACAAAUCAAAUCAAAAUGUACUUGUCACAUGCGCCGAAUACAGGUGUAGACRUUACCGUGAAAWMCUUACUUAACCAACAAUGCAUUUCAAGCAAGUUAAGAAAAUAUUUCCCAAAUAAACMAAAGUAAAUAAUAAGAAAAAGUAACACGAUAAAAUAACAAUAACGAGGCUAUAUACAGGGGUUACGGGUACCGAGUCAAUGUGGAGGCUAUAUACAGGGGGGA